ACUAACUGAAGAACACUAAUGUGUGUUGGCUAACCUGUAAAACCGUCACGGUUCUCUCCCUUAUGAUAUGUGGGAGAUUAAUAGUUUCGUUUGUAUUUAGAUUCGCAUACUGAAUACAACCUAUUGGCAUCUACAGCGGAUAUCACGUGAUCAAUACAAUCUGUUGUUGGGGAGAAUCGCCAUUUUUGCUGUCCUUGGAUAAAAUUUGAUGAAAUUAUUAAAUGCAGUGAUAUAUGGAUGGACAAUCAUGACUGUCAACAGUACUAAAACAUCUAAUUUUCCGAUAAGCAAGCACGGGCGUGAGUUUAAACUCACGAAAUAGUAUUUUAUUUAACUUUCAUUGACCGAUCUUCGUUUGUUAAUGGCAGGUAAAGUGGCAAAAGCCCCAGUUCAAAAAUUUCUUAACCCGGUACAUGAUUUUAAUGAUGCGGGCUACAUAGACAACCGUCUGCCUGCGGGCGGCUGGAAUAUGGAUGAAAAUGAAGUCGUUGAUCAGCUAAGAGACCAGAGGUUUCAGAAGAGGGUAGAAGUAUUGGAACAGCUGUUGAUCACUGUCAGACGAAAUGGAGGCAAGCUCCCAUUUACAAAUCUUCAGGCCGUUUUCAGAGGGCUUGGACUGGCACUUACAGAUAACAACUGGGAUGUAAGACUGAAAUGUAUUCAGCUGAUCAACGAGGUAAUCCCUCAGUUUGGCGAUGGCCUUGAUGCCUGCAUGUCAGAGGUCAUGGGCAAACUUAUUCCAAACAUUGGUGAAAACAAGAUCACUGUAAGGAGAGCCGUCAUCCAAACUCUUCAUGUUUACAUGAAAUGUACCAGUCAUGUUCCAACAUUGCUGAGGGCGAUAGUCCAUUAUGGGUUGGAAAACGAAGAUAACAGAGUUCGGAAAGAGUCUAUUGUUGCCCUUCCAAUGCUUUUUACACCAGAAUUCUCUAGACAGAAUUUCUUUGAAGUUACCCAAUCAUUGGCCAAAAAAUUAUUGGAUACAUCAGAAGAAGACAAUUUAAGAGACUGUUCAUUAAAAACAUUGGAGAAAAUCAGGACAUUAGUUGGGGAAGAUGAGUUUAAUAAAUAUCUUCAAAAACUGUCAACACCUUUGCGAAGGUACUAUAUCCAACUGACAAAUCCAGGUGAACUUGAGCCUGACAGUAGUGCACAAACAACACCCAGACAGGCACCAUUUUCUAAGGCUGCGAAACCAAAUGGGUCAGUCUCCUAUCAACCGCCAGUGCAGCAGCUAAACACUGCUCAGUAUGUUGAUUCCUAUGAGUUUGGAAUCAUACCUAGUCAUGUUAUGAGCCAAAUUAAUGACCAAGAGAACUUUAAACUGAGAGCAAAAGGUGUGGAGGAUCUGAGAAGCAUAAUGUUGGAGCUAAGUGAAAUGGAUGUGCAGAGCAAUUUGAUGCCGCACAUGAUUAGUUUUAUUAGUUUUUUAAACAACUUGUUGGACGAUUCCAAUUUUAAAAUAACUACAGUUACUCUGGACAUAUUGAGAAUUUUGGUGGAAAAAUUGGGAAAAAAUGUCAAACAGUAUCUUAAACAUUUAUCAGCGACACUUGCAAAACGAAUGGGUGACAAUAAAAUUGUUGUGCGACAAGCUGUUAUGAAAGUUGCCAUGAAAAUGAUGCAGAGUUACACCGCAAAACCUGUGCUUUCUGUGAUAUGUGAAAACCUUCAGCAUAAAAACUCAAAAGUUCGACAAGAAACAUUGAACAUAAUCAUUGCGGCAAUGUUGACAUUUCCAAGUUAUGCAUUUGAUCUCCCAGUUGUUUGUCGAAUGGUUGCUCCAACCUUGACUGACUUGAAGCGUCAGGUGAGACAAGGUGCGCUAGAAUGUCUUUCUGUGAUUGCUCAGACCAUGGGACCUGGCCGGCUCCAGCCUUUGGUCCAGGCUGUGGAUCAGGUGGAACUAAGUGCCGACGGUGAGGGCGUGAUGGCUGCAGUGCAGGCCCGUCUAGCGAGACGUCAACUCCCAAAACUGAACAGUGAAGGUCUUGUGGAGUAUGCCACACCCGUACCGUCAUCGGCGUCAACUCGCAGUACAGCCAGUUUCCAGACCCAGGGCGCUGAUAUGGAGUGGAUCAUGGGUGGCUCAACCACCAGCUCUCGUGGACUGUCUCGUUCAGAUACAAUGGAGCUUGAAUCAGUGAAUUCAUCAACGUGUCCAACACCAACAGCAAGUACUGCGGAUCAGAAUGGUACUAGACCGUUUGUGAGUGCUGGCAAGGGGAGGAAGAAACUGCCCUGGGAAGGAGAGUCCAAUGGACAGACUGAGGUUCCUUAUAAAGGUCGUCAGACAUGGACCAACAGCGAUGACAGUGGCGACAUCUAUAACAAGAAGCCCAUCAUCAAGAGGCGGACGGCUCCAAUAGUGGGCGUGUCACAAGAGGAACCAGCCCAGCCUGCAGAAAACUCCUACAAACAGAUCCAUCUGCAGAAAUUGCGGAAGACAAAUUCCUUGAAGUCCACAGAUUUCCGUGGCCUUGAACUGUAUAAUGACAAAGCAACAGUUGGUUUUGCGGACCCCUAUAUUGAGGAGUUUUUGAGUACGGUACCAGGCCUGAUACAGGAAAUUACCCCCAAGGGCCUUGUGCUGGGAUCCGAUCUCUGGGAACCAAUUCCGGGUAUCCCCACUGACGAGGAGGAGCACAUUCCUGCCACACCCACUUCCACCGAGGAUAAGAAAGGUAAAGACGAGGAGUCACCCAUCCCAUUAAAAGCCACACUCGCUCGCUCAGCAACCCGACGCACAAACAAAAAGGUUCCGCCAAUCAGCUCAUCGAGCAACUACGGGCGCGAUGAUGACGCUGACAGCGCCUAUGCCACCUCGCUGGAGAGCACCUUGGAGGCAGAGUCCAAGAAGGAGAUGAUGUCAUCCCUGAAGGGGAUAAGGGAGCAGGAAAAGUCUUCCACUCCUUCAUUAGACGAAGAUGGUUCAAUGAUGAAUGCGCUGAUGAGCAUUCGAAGCAGUGCCUCAAAGAAGAAGGAAAAGAUCAUAGAGAAGCAGAGCUCAACACACACCUCCCGCUCCCCCUCCCCCGACAAUCUGAAGGAGAGCGGCGUGUGGAGCUACGCAUCCAGCCAAGACUCAGAGAUCAGCAAGAAGAAAAGUAAAAAGUCAGAAACGUCCCCAUUCGAGUCCAGGCCCAAAAUACCAAGAGAAUCCCCGUUUGAAUCGAAACCCAAAUUAGCAAGAACAGGGUCUUACAAUAACAAAAAGAAUGGCGAGAGCUCAUCCGAAGAACUGGUUUAUGUGGAUUACAAUCCAAGCAGUGGAGUAACAUUCCGUGAAAACCGUAAUUCUGACGUGCAAAUUGUUGGAAAGGGAUAUAACGAGGAACCCACUUCUAUUCUUGAUUCAAAAUCGCUGAACGGGAUUAAUAAGAAAGCAAACGACAAACGGCUCCUGAAGAAAGGCUCCGUUCUCUCACCGCUAGGUGUUGCCUCUAUGCACAGCUUUGGCGCCCUGGAAACGGAUGAUGACAAGGCCCAAACUUCACCUAGUCCCGAAGGAAUAGGUGUUGUGGGAGUUGGAAUGUUUGAAAAUGUGAAUGGUACAGAGCACGCUAUCACUGCCGGAAACUCACAGUCUAACGAUAGAAGCAACCGUCAACCAAUGAAGCAGGACCGAAAGGACUUUACCAGCGGGGUGGUAGGGGUCGGGGUCAACAAGCAGGGGUCAUUUGACGACCCGGGCAUGGAAAUGUUGGACGAUGUGGAUGAUGAUUCCAACCCACCACGCAUUAGCCAAACCCUGAACGAGCGGAUAACGAAGCAGAAGCAGCAACUUGAGGAGGAGAAAGAGCGUGAACGUGUUGAGCGAGAGAAGAAGAGAAUUGAACAUGAGGAGAAGCUGAAGAAGGAGCGGGAGCGGCAGCAGGAGAAACUGCGGCGUCUCAACACCAGCGAGAGUCUGGGUAUUGAGUCCCUGUCCAUAUCAGGGGCCAGUUCUAACUCCUCACAGACCAGUAUAUCCCCCACCAAGGUGACCUCCCCUGCACUCACACCUCGCAAGAAGAGCAAACCUUCACUGGAUGGAGAGGCUAGUCACCCACUCUCUGCUGCGCAGCGCUCCCUGGUGGAGUCUGACAAUCCUGAGGACUGGAAGCCUUACAAGGACCCUGACACGGGGCUCCGCACUGCCCAGAAAAACAUUGCCUCUGAAGACUGGGAGUGUAAAUGUGGCGGAAUCAAUGGCAUACGUCGUCUGGCAGCGUACCACAAGGACACCCUGAGCUCCAACCUGCACCCUGUUAUUGUGGCGCUACUUGCUGAGGUGAAGAACCUCCGCUCGCAGGUCUCUCGUCUCGCAAUUGUCUGCCUCGCGGAGAUGUUUGUGCAACUUACCAAGAACAUGGACACUGAUUUGGACAUGGUAGCAAAGAGUCUCCUAGCGAAGAACGGAGAGAGUAACAACUUUAUCAAGGACGACUCAGAGCGAGCCCUCUCUGCCAUGGUGGAACAUGUAACGCCUCAGCGAGCAUUGGUCGCACUUAUUGCCGGUGGUGCUACGCAUAAGAACAUCCAGGUGCGGAAGACAUCAGCCCAGUUCCUGGUGGAUGUCGUACAGAAGAUGGGUCCCGGUAGGAUACUGUCUGGCAUCAAGGACGUCACAGACCGUAUUUUGCCUGCUAUUGCACAGUUCUCAAUGGACCUACUGCCAGAGACAAGGUUUUACGGGCGUAAGAUGCUGAGCCUGCUGAUGACACAUCAGGACUUUGACAAGAUGCUGGCCAAACACUUGCCUGCCAAUACUCUCAGAAGUUGCAAGGAUAUUGUGGAGACACUUAAAGUCAAAGGUAUAGGAGAAAGUCCCCAUGAGACGUCCUCUGCUCGGGGAUGGAGGUCCAGUCAGGGAAGUAGAUCCAGCUCUGUCAUACGGGGCAACUCAGCUAACAGUGAGACCCCAAAGAAGCGUAAUGCCCGUACAGACGAAGCCACUCUGGAGGAGAUCAAGGAGAUUAAUGGGCUGAUGGUGGCAAAUGACUGGCGUGACCGCUACAAGGGCAUCACCACCCUGCUAGAGAUGUGUGAGGUCAGCGCCAACGUCAUCAGCAGCAAUGUUGUCAAGAUAUUCGACAAGUUCUUGCCGCGCCUGCAAGACCCAAACAGUAAGGUGAACCUGUACGCCCUGCAGGUGAUGCUGCAAAUCAUCCCGAUACUCAACGACGGCUUGUCGCCUGUCAUCAUCAUCACUGUUGCCAACGUGGCCCCCAAUCUCUCCUCAAAGAACAAGGAGAUCAAUCAGACGGCAAUAGAGAUCAUUGAUGCUUUAAUCGCAAAUAUCGAUGGGUCGAUCCUUAUACAACCGAUGGCAAACCAGGCUCAGUCGGCCAACCCACGCAGCAAGCCCCACUUGGUGGAGAAAGUGGCAGAACUGGUGGACAAGGUGUACCCAAAGAAGCAGAAGCAGGUGGUUCUACAUGUGCUGCCCCUUCUCUGGCACUUGCUAGGGGCCACCAACAGCAGCGGGGCCGUACAGGGGGGCAGCUCCACUAUCAGAACAGCCACCGCUCGUCUGGUGACCUCGCUGCAUCAGCACAUGGGACCAGCCCUUAUAGAGCGCGCCUCUGCUGACCCCAAUGUGAACUCAAGACAUAUCCAGCUGCUACAGGAAUUGAUAGAAUAUCCCUGAGUCGGUGUUAACAGGAAGUGGAUGUGAAGUUUUUGUGGUGGAAUGUUGAACCAUGGAUUGGACUUUGUAUGGAAUUUGUCUCCCAGAAUGUUUGUGUCGUUCAAUUGGUAUCUCAGUGGGAGGCUUGUACUUGAGCAAACGCUGCUCUGGGUCAGGAUGAAUUUCAAUUCUGCUGCUCACCUGCAGCCUUUUUGUGAAAACAAAGUGAAAAUGAAAGAAAAAACCUGCAAUAGGUUGUUGAAGUUGAAUAGUUAUGGACAAAGUCAUAAUUCCCGUCAUACACAUUUCAGAACUAUUUUCAAGAAAAAUAUAUAAAUCUGACCUUUAUAUUACCCACUGGGCUUUGUAGAUGUUAUCUGUACUGACCUGAAUUUGUUAAAGAAUGAUAAAGAAUUCGACUGGGACAUUGUUUUAAUGCUGAUAUCUACAGUAUACAGUGUAUAAAUAAUUCAAGCUUCGGAAGAGUGUACCUAAAAAGAGCUAGCCCUCUUUUAUGGCUUUUAAACCAUUGUAUUUUACCACAUCAUACAAAAAAAGGUCUAGAGUCAUAUGCUUAUUUGCGCAGUUUGGCCAGGAGCUUCUCUGUCCGCCUAUGAGACCACAAAAUCUUGGAUGUCUUGAUAGCAGACAGCAUAUCUCUUGACCAGAAUGCCUAGGCUGGUCUGCUGCUAAGUUUUUCGCUUGUGGCUUAAGACCCAUUUUUGCAUGAAUCUGGUCAUUUGUACAAAUGCAAAAACGAGAAGCAUAAUGUUGUGAAAGAAAGAAAUGUUAAUUGUUGCAAUAUAAUUAGAGAUGGGAUAUUCUAUCUUUAAAGCGGAUAGUGUUUACAAGGAUUACAAGGAAUAUUGACAUGAACGACAUAUGGAAAGUAAUGGUGUUAAUCAAUGAUGAGAGAAGUUAGAAUUACUCGUAGUUCUCCAGACUGUUGUGUCACCGAAAAUGUCAUCCAUUGGUCGUUAAGACUAAUGCAAAUUAGUAUACAUUGUGGAAGCGAAUUGAAUGGUUUAAUGAAUAUUUACUUUUAUAAUCAUGUAGUAUUUGUAUUUAUUGUAGAUAGAAACAGAUUGUAUAGUCCAUGGU